AAAAAUAAAUAAAAUAAUAUCCCCGGUCACUUGACAACGCGUUUUAAAAUCGAUCAUUGAUUGCCUGUCUUUAAGUGUAUUUGUUUGGCUUACUUUAGAAAUUUUUAAAAUUUUCUAGGGCUUCAAAUUUUUGCAUUUUACGGUUUUUCCGAUUUAGACGGUUAAUUUUAGCCAAAUUAUUUUAAUUUUGCCUUCCCUUCCCUCAGAAUUUUUUCAAAUUUUUAUUAAAUUUUUGGCUUUCUUAUGACCCUAAUUUUCAGUUUUGUGCCAAAACGUCUUUUAGAAAAAUGAGUGCACACUCAAAUGCUCGAAAUAUCGGUGCCUGUUCCUCUUCCUCACAAAUUCAAGAAGAAUAUAUUGUUGUAGAUGACCAACACCAACAACAAAGAAAUCAACGUAUUCUAAUUUCUUCAAAGCUUGAAGAAGCAGUUGAAGGUGAAUAUGGUCAAUUAAAUUAUCAACAACAGUAUUCUGAUGAUUUUGAAAUUUGUGAUGAAAUUGUGGUUGAUGCUGAAGAUGGGGAAGAUGGACGUGUUUUGGUUUCAGUUCCAGCAGGUUCUUCUACUUAUGACAAUUAUGGACAGUUUGCAGAAGAUCUUUUUUUGGAUGAACAAAUACAUGGGAAAUCUAGUGUGCGUUCAAUGAGUGCUAAACGAGUUAAAAAAGGCUUGGAAAACAAGGAAUUAUUUCGAGUUCCAAUUUAUAAAGGAAACACUAAAUAUGGAGCUGGCUAUGAUCGUUUAGUUAAUUUUGAUGGUUCUACUACUGAUCACUACAUUUGCAAAAAUUAUGAUCAAUGCGGCAAAAUUUUUCAUCGCCGCUAUUUGGAUGCUCUUACCACUCAUAUGCAAACAUGCCGUAAUAAAAAUUUAAUUAAUCCAGAAGAAUGUAAUGCCAAUGCUUGUAAAGCACUUGUUGCUCGUUUGGUCGUUCAAGAACCAACAGCUUUGACUUUGCUUACAAGCCGUUUUUAUUUGGAAUUUAUGGAGGAAUUGUCGAGAAUUAUUAUUUUACGUCAAGGUAUUGGAAUGCCUAUAGGAAGAGAUGUUUUGCCUCGUCACCGGGAUUUAAUAAAUGAAUUAAUGAGAUUUUUACAUGAGGAUGAAGUCGCUUUACUUCCUUCAAUUUUGCAUGAAAUGUUUCAGAAUGGUUUUGCUUUGGAAACUCUUCAAAUGAAUUUAAAUGAUUCUUCAACUGGAGGAUGUUAUAAAGUUUUGUUGGUUACAUAUAUAAGCAAUUCAUGGGAAUUAUUAAGAACGGUUAUUAAAUUCUAUCCAAUUUCUGAUACAAUAAUUACUGGAGAUUCUUGUAUUAAACCAUUGAGACAACUUGUUACUCAAUUUGUUGACAAAGGAAAGGAAAAACAAAAAAAUUUAUUGGAAAAGUUUCAUAUAGUCUCUGAAUUUGAACAAAUGGAGGAUGAAGACGACGAUGCUGAGGAGAAUGAAAAGGUUUUUGAAAAAAUUUUUUUUGAACUUUUUAGUUUUUUUUCUAUGGAUAGAAAUUAA